CUCUACUCUACCGUUACUCUAUAACUACUACAAAUAAUCUCUCUCCUUGACAUUUCAGAAGCAACGCCACUUCUGUCAAUGGCUGAAACUUCCUCUUCUUCUUCUUGGCUCAUCUCUCUUCUCUUUCUUUGCUAUGUUUUCCCCUUAACAUCUCCAGCCACUAUCACCAUCCCUCUCUCUCCCCACACCAAACAAUAUCCUUCUUCAGAUCCAUGGAAAAUCCUCAAUCAUCUUUCUUCUCUAUCUCUCUCUAGAGCCCACCAUCUCAAGUUUCCCGACACCAACUCCUCUCUCAUUAAAACCCCUCUCUUCUCUCGCAGCUAUGGUGGCUACUCAAUGUCUUUGAGUUUCGGUACUCCUCCGCAGACUGUCAAGUUCGUUUUCGACACUGGAAGUAGUCUUGUUUGGUUUCCCUGUACUUCUCGCUAUCUUUGUUUUGCAUGUAACUUCCCAAACGUUGAUAUAACAAAAAUUCCCAAGUUUAUUCCUAAGUUAUCAUCUUCUUCCAAACUUCUUGGCUGCAAAAAUCCCAAAUGUGCUUGGAUUUUUGGAUCCAAUGUGCAGUCUCAAUGCCAAAAUUGUGAUCCCAGCAGCCAAAAUUGUACUCAGACUUGUCCUCCGUAUAUAAUUCAGUACGGAUUAGGCUCUACAACUGGGCGUUUACUGUUAGAAACUCUUGAUUUCCCGAAUAAAACCGUCGUCGAUUUUCUGGUGGGUUGCUCCAUCAUUUCCACUCGCCAACCUGAGGGAAUUGCUGGGUUCGGUCGCAACCCAGCGUCUCUCCCUCUACAAUUGGGACUCAAGAAAUUCUCUUAUUGUUUGGUAUCUCGCCGCUUUGAUGAAACUCAGGUGAGCAGCGACCUUAUUCUGGAUAUGGGUUCAGAUUCCGGCGACGCCAAGACUCCAGGCCUUAGCUACACGCCGUUUGCAAAGAAUCCGGUGGGGUCAGACCCAGCAUUUCAAGAAUAUUACUAUGUAAUGCUGCGAAAAAUCAUUGUCGGCGACCAGCGUGUUAAAGUCCCGUACCGUUUCUUGGUGCCGCAAUCCGACGGCAGUGCAGGGACUAUAGUGGACUCAGGCUCAACUUUCACGUUCAUGGAGGGUCCAGUUUUUGAGCUAGUAGCAAAAGCAUUCAAAAAGAAAAUGGCUAACUAUACAAUAGCCACUAAAGUGCAGAAUCAGACAGGUUUAAGGCCAUGUUUCGAUAUUUCCGGCGAGAAAUCGGUUGAAGUACCGGAAUUGAUUUUUCAGUUCAAAGGUGGUGCUAAGAUGCAAUUACCUUUGGCAAAUUAUUUUGCAUUUGUUGAUUCUAGUGUCGUCUGUUUAACUAUUAUUAGUGGAAGAGGCGGCGCAGGACCGGCGAUUAUCUUGGGGAACUUUCAGCAGCAGAAUUUUUACAUAGAAUAUGAUUUGGAGAAUGAAAGAUUCGGAUUUAAACAACAGACUUGUGCAUGAGCUGGUUUCGUCGGCAAUAGUUUAAAUAAAAUAAGCCACAAGUGGUAGUGGAGAGACAACCGGCGGUGGCGACAGCUACGGCGGUGGUAAUGGUUACAAGGAAUCUGGAUGAUGAACCGUGGCAAAUGAUAAAGGUGGCAAUACAAAAUUACUACUAUUAUUAUUAUUGUUAUUUGUAUAUGAUCAUUGUUGGAAAAGUUGACAAAUAAUAAUAUAAUUAUAAGUUUUUUCAAGUGAAGUUUCU